AUGGCUUGUUACCGACCUGGCAUGUCGAUAACACUUCCACGCAACUUCGCCCCCAUGGGUCUCGAUAGCCUCGAUGAGCCCAAGACACCAGAACAACUCUUUUCCGAAGCCACGUUGCCUCCACCACCGCAUCACACUACUCAGCGUAUUCGUCGAUCAAGAAUAGGCAACUUUUCCACCCACAGCCAUGUACUACCAACAGUCCUCUUUGCCUCAGACAUACCGGUUCCAUCUGUUGAAGUCCCGCGCGAUACAGGGCCUAUACGGCCAGCGUGGCAACAGCGGAUCAUGCAGUCUUCGCCCAGUGAUCGUUUGCAACUUCCUACCAAUCGCCAUCACUCACGGCCGAAAACACCUUUGGCGCAGACAAAGGCGGAAGAGCCAAACUGGAAGUCAAAUGCAUGGACGAUGGAUAGACCUUCAUCCUCGCUAUCCAUGAGAUCUGACUCUUCUUCUUCGUCUCUGGAAAGUUUUGUCUCUCGUCCAUCAUUUGGUGGAAGUUGCACCAGUCCGGAAAGCGAUAUGACUGACCCAUUCAUUCCACAAGCUAUUAACGUAAUUUCUGAUACCCCUUCCAAGCCAUCUCGCAUCUUCACGAGCUUCUCGACGGUUCCCCCGAAGCCGCGCUGGACUAUUGAGCAGGACAAUCACAUUUGGAACACCUACCAGAUGUAUUUGAGUGAUCCUACAAUUACCCCGUUCAAAACGGUACCUGGGAGCCUACCACCACUGGGCGUCUGUCAUCGAGUUGCCAGGGAGGCACGCAGGACAUGGCCGAAAGCUACUCGAGUUCCCCACGAGAUUGUCAGGCGACACACCUUCAGAGAUGUCAUGGAUGAAUCUUACGCUGUUAGAGACAAGACUCCUGAGGGUGUGCGCGAGACUACGCCUACAGAAAGUUCACAGGCGGAUAGAAGGCCACCUUGGCCAAAAGAGUCUGCCACUCGACGAAGACUGAAGGAGCUCUGCAAGCGAAAAUUCUCGAUAGCACCACAUUACCAACGUCUCAUGCAGUCGAGAAGUCCAUCGCCUUUUCUCGAGUCAAGUCCUCGUCGUUCGAGUUCUCGAGCAUCACGACAGUCAUCCUUGGUUCAUGAGACAACAGCAUCGUACACAACUCGCGAUCUCGGAAUCUCUCUGGUCGCAAGUGGCGCGACUGCUCCCCUGGCGCAGCUAGUCACUGGGGAUUCUCCUCCGAAAGAGGCGGAAGAGUGGUUCAACACACCAAUCGAGCCACCUUCCAGUUCACCUCCCGUUGCUGCAACUUCUCAGCUUGGUCUGGGAAUCAAUAGCGACAGCAUGACUAUUCCCAGGCUUGCUUCUCCAUUCAAACCGAAUACUUGGGGUCCAAGCCGAGCUCGACGAAACCCUUCUGGCUCUGGACAAUUCGACACCGUGCAUGCCACUGGGCCCCGUCUCUUCUCACCUUGUCGAUUCGAUCCUGUUUCAUCGACAGCCAACAAACAGAGAGCAGAGCAACAUCUCAACACCGAAGUUAGUCCAGAUGUAGGUGAUUCGCAGCAAGCCAAGCAAGAAUUUGUCUUUACUGGAAGUUCAAACGACAUCAACCAGCGACGAAUCCGUUUGAGAAAUAGAGGCAGUACUAUGGGAGCUGUUUCGAAUCGCGAACGAAUCGAGAGACUCUUUACUCCGCCGGGGACUCUGCAAGAACCGCUCACGGAGAAUAAUACUUCGUCACCAAACGUAAACUCGACACUGAUGCCACCAGAAACGGAAGAAAAGUUGAAACGUCUUGGGUCGCCAUUUGAGCUUGACCCUAACAAGCGUAGCAAUCGUUCCAAGACGCCUCGACAUGUCCCUUCCUUAUCCGACCCAUUUGUGUCGAACCCAUUUUCUACGCAGUCCAAUACGCAAAGCAUUGGAGAACGACUGGCUGCGUUUGGUGCAAUGCAGGGCCACAAUUCUCAAAACGUCAGUCAACUUGGGGAGAACCUGUCUGAUGCGGAGAGGAUCAGACAGCAGCUUUUGUCGAGGUUCUAG